AUUGGCUCAUCGUUGUAGAAAGCCUUUCUUCUCUCCUCUCCGCUACACUCGCUCUCUCUCUCUCUCUCUCUCUCUCUCUCUCUCCCCCAGGCGAAUCCUAGAUUUUGAUCUAGAGAAGCACCCUGAGUUUGAGGGUUGCUGAGAUCUGUAUCGAGCUGCUCCCAUUGCACCCCGCCUCAUCGAUUCUUUCAGUGCCCUUGCAUUUUGUUGUUCGCCGUUCAUCGCCGCUUUGUUCUGGAUCGGAAGAAUGGCCGAGGAGGAGUACCGGUCGGUCCAACUCAUAGACGGAGAAGGAGAAUUCAACGAUGCUGGUGUCGAGCAUUUCAUGAAGAUCACGAGGCUCGCCGAGUGUGGGCUCUCCUAUGCCGUGGUUUCCAUCAUGGGACCCCAGAGCAGCGGGAAAAGUACUUUACUUAAUAAUCUUUUCAAAACUGACUUCAGGGAAAUGGAUGCGUUACGGGGAAGGAGCCAAACUACCAAAGGUAUAUGGUUAUCGAAAUGUCAGGGAAUAGAUCCUUACACAAUUGUGAUGGAUUUGGAAGGUACUGAUGGAAGGGAAAGAGGAGAGGAUGAUACUGCGUUUGAAAAGCAAAGUGCACUAUUUGCACUGGCAAUAUCUGACAUAGUUUUGAUAAAUAUGUGGUGCCACGAUAUCGGCCGAGAGCAAGCUGCUAACAAACCCUUGCUAAAAACAGUAUUUCAGGUCAUGAUGCGUUUGUUCAGCCCUCGCAAGACCACAUUGCUCUUUGUUAUCCGUGACAAGACAAGAACACCACUGGAAGCUUUGCAACCUGUCCUAAGAGAGGAUAUACAGAAGAUAUGGGACAGUGUUUCCAAGCCUGAGGCUCAAAAAGACACAGCUCUUAGUGAAUUCUUUAAUGUUGAGGUCACUGCAUUAUCUAGUUAUGAAGAGAAGGAAGAUCAAUUUCAUGAUCAGGUUGCAGAACUUCGACAACGGUUUGUCCAUUCAAUUGCCCCAGGAGGACUUGCAGGUGAUAGAAGAGGUGUUGUUCCUGCUUCAGGGUUUUCCUUUAGUGCGCAACACAUAUGGAAGGUUGUGCGUGAAAAUAAGGAUCUUGAUCUUCCUGCUCAUAAGGUCAUGGUCGCAACAGUUCGUUGCGAAGAGAUUGCUAAUGAGAAGCUCAGUCACUUAACCUCUGAUGAGAAAUGGCUGGAAUUAGAAGAGGCAGUACAGUCUGGCCCAGUUGCUGGCUUUGCGAAAAAGCUUGAAGCUAUUCUUGAUGCUUAUAUAGAAGAAUAUGAUGAGGAAGCUGUCUACUUUGAUGAAAGUGUCAGGACUGCAAAGAGGAAGCAACUUGAGUCCAGAGCUUUGCAUCUUGUGCAUCCUACUUAUCAAGCAUUGCUUGGACAUCUACGUUCAAAUUCUCUGGAAAAGUUUCAAAAGGAUAUGGAAAGUUCACUGAAUAGCAGGAAAGGAUUUGCAGCAUCUGUUCGAGACUGUAUUGAGUCCUCUAUGUUUGAGUUUGAUCAAGGAAGUGCAGAUGCUACUAUCAGUCGCACCGACUGGGAUGCUUCCAAAGUCCGAGAGAAGCUUCACCGUGACAUCAAUGCUCAUGCAAAUUCUCUUCGCAAUCAGAAACUCUCUGAAUUGACUAAUCACUACGAGGACAAGUUAACAGAAGCACUUGCUGAACCAGUGGAAUCUCUAUUUGAGGCUGCUGGCAAUGAUACUUGGGCAUCAAUAAGAAAUCUUUACCACCGUGAAACCAGGAAUGCCCUCUCAGAGUUCUCCACUUCCUUAUCUGGCUUUGAGCUAGAAAAAGUUAUUUUUGAUGAGAGGAUCACAAAUCUUAAGGAAUUUUCGAAAAGUGUUGUUGUAAAGAAAGCAAAAGAAGAAGCAGCCAAAGUUCUGAUCAGAAUGAAGGAUAGGUUCUCAACAGUGUUUAGCCAUGACAAAGAUUCCAUGCCUAGGGUUUGGACAGGAAAAGAAAAUGUGCGGAAGAUCACAAAGGAUGCUCGUACAUCGGCUCUGAAACUGUUGGCUGUGAUGUGUGCCAUUCGUUUGGAUGAGAAACCAGACAAGAUUGAAUCCACUCUCAUGUCAGCACUUAUGGAUGCACCAACUGCAUUAGGACGAAGAACUGUAACAUCAUUGGAUUCACUCGCUUCCAGCACAUGGGAAGAGGUUUCUCCAUCUAACACAUUGAUCACCCCCGUGCAAUGCAAGUCUUUGUGGAAACAAUUUAGCUCAGAGACUGAAUAUACUGUCACACAAGCAAUAUCUGCUCAGGAAGCACAUAAGCGCAGUAACAGUACGCUACCUCCUCCUUGGGCAAUACUUGCAAUUGCGAUCCUCGGUUUCAAUGAGCUGAUGGUGCUCAUGAGGAAUCCUUUAUAUCUAUUGCUGCUUUUUGUUAUGUUCUUGGUGUCGAAAGCUCUAUGGGUGCAGCUAGAUGUCGCCGAGACAUUUCAGCAUGGCAUACUCCCCGGCAUUCUCACACUAUCGACAAGAUUUCUCCCCACAGUCAUGAACCUUUUACGAAAACUUGCUGAGGAAGGUGCUCAACCUCCCACUGCUCCACAGAGCACCCAGAACAAUCCACCCUUGGACACACAAAGUUUUCGAAGUGAUUCGCAGAGGCAUGCUCCUCCUCCACUCAUGACCCCAGCACCCGAUGUGCCAUCUUCCUCAUCGUCUACGGUUUCUUCUCCCAGAAGUGGUGUGGAGUGUCCAGAGACUAAGCACUUCGUGGAGGUAGACACUGAAGCCAGUUAUACAUCAUGAGUGAACAAGGUCCAACAAUUAGUUUUCUGAAGCAUGAUCGUCAUUAAGCAAACACUACAUUAUGCAAGAUGUUUGUGCCACCAAGUAGAUGAUGUAUUUUUUUUCCUCUUAAUUACUGAAUGUUAUUUUCUUCUGUUUUGUAUAGAUAGAGACUUAUCCAUUUUACCCAAGUCAGUGAUUCAAUCAAACAAUA